UUGCCAAACAGAAGCUGUUACAACAAUUUCAAAGUUGAAUGAUUGUUUUAAAUUAAAUUUCUAUGAAACAUAUAACAAUAGCCUUACUGUAAAAAAUUCUUUGCGUUACUAUGUUAUGUCUUUGUAGAUAAGUUAAAGUAUCUUAAAUAUAAAGUAACUUAGUGGUUUAACCUACAAAAAGCUUGUUGUGGUUCGUAAAAAUGUUUUCGAUUUGUCGGCAAACUCAUCCCGCUACGGGGAUUGAGCAUGCAAUUAGCUGUUGCUUCUUCAAUAACGAUGAGAGCUGUUUGGUAACCGCCGGUGCUAAUAUUAUCAAAGUCUUUCGGCUGAUGCCCGAAGGACAUACGAAGGAAGUUAAUGCGGCGGGUCAGCCAAUACCGCCAAAGAUGAAAUUGGAAUGUCUCGCAACAUACACAUUGUGGGGCAACGUAAUGUCCAUUGCGUCAGUGAAAUGUGCAAGUGCUGGAAGGGAUCUACUUCUGCUGUCAUUCAAAGAAGCCAAGCUUUCAAUAGUUCAAUAUGAUCCACAGAUUAAUAAUUUAGUUACUCUAAGUAUGCAUUACUUUGAAGAGGAUGACAUGAAGGGUGGAUGGACAACUCAUCCACAUAUUCCAUGGAUACGAGUGGACCCUGAAUUCCGUUGUGCUGUGAUGUUAUUGUACGGCAAGAAGUUAGCCGUGUUGCCGUUCAGAAAAGAUAUUACAUCAGAAGAGGGUGAUCCUUUGGAAGCUAAACCUUUUGUUGAUAGUAAAAAGAAUCAACCAAAUCAACAAAUAACAAAGUCACCAACUCUAGCCUCUUAUGUUAUAGUGCUUAAAGAUUUAGAUGAAAAGAUAGACAAUAUUCUAGACAUUCAGUUUCUUUAUGGAUAUUAUGAACCUACAUUAUUGUUAUUAUAUGAACCAGUAAGAACAUUUCCAGGUCGUACAGCAGUGCGCAGUGACACAUGUUGCAUGGCCGGUGUCAGUCUGAACAUGUCUGCCCGAGUGCAUCCGGUCAUUUGGGCAACAGCGGGAUUGCCCUUUGAUUGUAUACAAGCUAUUCCGGUACAGAAACCACUUGGUGGUUGUUUGAUCUUGGCUGUGAAUUCAUUGAUUUAUUUAAACCAGUCGGUGCCACCUUACGGCGUCUCUCUGAAUAGUAUUGCUACUCAUACAACUAACUUCCCGCUAAGAAUACAAGAAGGCGUGUGUAUAACACUGGACGGGGCGAGGGUGGCCGCGCUGGGGGAGUCCCGGCUGGCGCUGGCGCUGCGCGGCGGUCAGCUGUACGUCCUGACGCUGCUGUCGGACUCCGUGCGCAGCGUCAGGAGCUUCCAUCUCGACAGGGCUGCGGCGUCCGUGCUCACCUCAUGUAUGUGUGUGAUAGAGGAAGACUUUCUCUUCCUCGGUUCUCGAUUGGGUAAUUCGUUGCUGUUGCGAGUGACAGAGAGGGAGAAUAGAAUGUUGUUCUCUGUCGACAAACCUCUGGAGGCCACUGUUGAUCUCACGAUGACUGAAACUGAUAAAGAUACACCUACAACAACAAACGUAACAAACACAACAACAACCAACAAAGAAGCAGGACAAAAGGAGGUCCAGGAUCCAGCAGCUAAGAAACGACGUCUAGAUACAAUCAGCGACUGCCUACCCACUAAUGUUAUAGAGAUUAGUGAUAAAGAUGAAUUAGAAGUAUAUGGAUCUGAUAUACGGACGUCAACUCAACUUACCAGUUAUGUGUUUGAGGUAUGCGACUCUCUGUUAAACAUCUGUCCUAUCGGGGACAUAUCAAUGGGCGAGCCUCAGCUGGUGGGGGAAGAAGAGAGACGUGAGGGUACGGAGCUGGAGCUGGUGGCGUGCAGCGGCCGCGGCAAGAACGGCGCGCUCUCCGUGCUGCAGCGCUCUGUGCGACCGCAGCUGGUCACCGCGUUCCAUCUGCCUGGAUGUAUCGACAUGUGGACAGUGAUAGGAGAGAGUGAGGGUCGCGAGGCAAGAGAUACUGAAGGUUCACAUGCAUAUUUAAUACUUACACAAGAAGACUCAAGUAUGAUCCUACAAACUGGUCAAGAGAUCAACGAGGUGGACAACUCAGGGUUCAUGACGGGCGCGCCCACUGUGUUCGCCGGCAACCUCGGCAAUAACAAGUACAUGGUGCAGGUCACCACCACUGCUAUACGACUUAUAAGAAACGGUGUGCAGCUGCAGUCGAUCCAGCUGGAGUGGGCGGCUGUGAGCGCGGCGGUGGCUGACCCCUGUACAAGUAAGUCACACUCACGACUAACACACAGAGGUAGGCAGAGACAGUACACUUACAGGGACCUCAGCGGUCUCUUCACAUCCACUGAUGUCUUAGAAAAUGUACAAGUGAAAGGCGAGUUCUCAGGUAAAGUGAAGGCGGGCAAGAACGUGAAGGCGGAGGGGUUCAAGCCGGGCGCGGUGUACGAGCUGAAUGAUGAUGAUGAGUUGCUGUACGGUGGUGAUCAGACACCAGCAUCAAUGGCCAGUAUAAUGUUGGCGGAACAAAGCAAGAACCCCGGCGUGCCGCGCCGCAUCUCGCGCUGGUGGAAGCGUCACCUCGCAGACAUCAAGCCCAGCUUCUGGCUGUUCGUGGUGCGCGACAACGGCAACCUCGAGAUAUACUCCCUGCCAGAGAUGAGGCUCAGCUUCCUCGUCAGGGACGUCUGCGCAGGACACAGGAUAUUAGCGGACAGUUUAGAAUCAGUACCGAUCGCAACAAGUAAUGUGGAGGAGGACGAGUUCUCAGCGGGCAACAGGAAUGCAGAAGUUGACAAGUUGAAGGAAAUGCUGAUUGUUGGUCUCGGACACAAAGCUACCAGAGUACUCUUGUUGUUACGUAUGGAGGGGGAACCUCUCAUGAUAUAUCAGGCAUACAAAUAUCCACGUGGCAACUUAAAGAUGCGUUUCUCACGUAUGAGCGUCUCCUUCCCAUUCGGAUACGAGGGUGGUGCAGUACCGAGCCCCGAGGACAGCUACGAGGCUGCCAUGCUGCGGGACAACGUCCGCCAGCUCCGGUACUUCGGAAAUGUGGGAGGUUACAACGGCGUGUUCCUGUGUGGGCGCACUCCAUACUUCCUGCUGCUGACAGGGCGCGGUGAGCUGCGCCUACACCCCCUCGCCGCCUCUGAAGGCCCCGUGCCUACGUUCGCGCCUUUCAAUAACACUAAUUGUCCACAUGGAUUCUUGUAUUUUAAUUCUAAGAGUUCGUUACGUAUCUGCCUGCUUGCCACUCACCUGUCGUACGACGCGCCGUGGGCAGUGCGCAAAGUGCCGCUGCGAGCCACGCCCCACGCCGUCACCUUCCACGCUGAGUCCCGCACCUACUGCCUCGUCUGCUCCACCUCCUCCCCACAGACAUCCUACUACAAGUUCAAUGGAGAGGAUAAGGAGAAGUCUAAUGAGAAUAAAGGAGAUAGAUUCCCAUAUCCUAUGCAGGAACGUUUCUCAGUGAUGCUGUUCUCUCCAGUAUCCUGGGAGGUGAUACCUAACACCAAGAUAGAGUUGGAAGACUGGGAACAUGUCACCUGUCUCAAGAACGUGGCGUUAUCAUAUGAGGGCACCAGAUCAGGUCUGAGAGGUUAUAUAGCUAUAGGAACUAAUUACAAUUACGGUGAAGACAUCACAUCUAGAGGCAGGAUAAUAAUCUACGAUAUAAUAGACGUGGUCCCGGAGCCAGGUCAGCCGCUCACUAAGAACAGAUUCAAGGAGAUAUACGCCAAGGAGCAGAAAGGACCGGUCACUGCGCUCGCACAAGUUCUAGGAUAUCUUAUAUCUGCUGUCGGACAGAAGAUCUACAUCUGGCAACUGAAAGAUAACGAUUUAGUGGGCGUGGCGUUCAUAGACACGCAGAUCUAUGUGCACCGCCUCCUCGCUGUCAAGAAUCUCAUCCUGGUGGCAGAUGUCUACAAGUCGGUGUCACUGCUGCGCUACCAGGACAAGCAUCGCACGCUCUCUCUAGUCUCCAGGGACCUGAGAAGUGCCCAGAUCUACGAGAUGCAGUUCAUGGUGGACAACACGACGCUGGCGUUCCUGGUGAGCGAGGCGGACGGCAACCUCGCGCUCUUCAUGUACCAGCCUCAAGCCAGGGAGAGCUACGGCGGUCAGCGUCUAAUCCGAAAGGGAGACUAUCAUUUAGGUCAGCAGGUGCACGCCAUGUUCCGUAUCGCCGCUCGCGUGCUGCCGGAGACAACGCACCGGAGACAUGUUACUAUGUUCACGACGCUAGAUGGCGGGUUGGGAUACGUGUUGCCUGUGUCGGAGAAG